CAAAGCGCAGUAGUAGCUCUGGCAGUCUGCACUCAUUUGGCUGCGAGACGACUGUUCGUUCAUUCAUUCGUUGAUCGAUUCUUUGUUCUACUCAAUAAUAAACGGCGAGCGUGAGAGAGGGGGGCCUAGGGAAGAGGAGCAGCAUUGACCGUGCACUUCUUAAUGAUAGGCACCGCUAUUUCACCGCAUAUCCUUGCACCGACGCUAGGGGCUCAGGCUGGUCCAGAGCUCACAACAGUCGAAAGACCGACGGGUGCAGCAGAGACGAUGGCAAACGACGCGCUGGCGACAAUGGAGACGCUCCAGACGCGCCUAGACCUCGUCGACCACGACGAGCAAUCAGCAGCGUCGGUCAUGGCGAAGAAGACUGACGAGAUGAGGCAAGCAGACGACCAGGAGGAGGAGAAGGAGAAGGAGGAGGAGAAGGAAGAGGAAGACGAGGACGAAGAGGAGCAUUUCAGACCUAGCACUCCACAGCACAGCACCACCAGCGACAGCGAUACGUCCUCGACGCCCACGCAAGAGGCGGCCAAGCCUACCUUCGUUGAGACCAUCACGCUUCAUGGCGAGCCCCUGGACGACCGCGCCUUGUCCUCCUCGUCGUCAUCCUCCCCAAGGCCGGAGACACCGACGGACCCUCAAACGCCGUCAACUCCACACGACCUGACGCGUGACUCGAUGGCCAGUUUUGCCCUCUCCGACACGUCUAUGGACUGGAAUAACCUCAGCAGUGAGGCCAUAGAGGACGUACUUGCCACUCCACGCGUGAGCAAUACCCGGAGACAUCUGCGGAAAGUGAGUAGUCUGGACAUCUUGCAGAACAAGUUUGCUGCUCCCGAUAAACCCACUACUCUUUUCGACUCCGAUGAAAAUAGCAGAGAUCCUCCCAUGUCCGCUGUGGAGCUGAGUAGGGAAAAUAACGACUUGGACGCCUGGAGGCGGAACACCGACCUUCUUCCACACGAUUACACUCUUUCACAUCGCCAGAGUGUUGCUACCAUGGACAGUAUCGAAAUCUUGGAGGACUCUCCUCUCACCCCUCCCAGCAGGAGUAUGAGCAGGAGCAGUAGUGCGGACCCCCACAAUCGCACCAGCGAUAGUUCCGGAGAGGAUAUGCAAGUGGACUGGCAGGCAUUAGACAAGACUGAAGAGCAAGAGAAAGAGGACAAGGCUGCGCAGGAGGGCGCUGAAGAUGAUGCUACAGCAUUCCUGCUGGCGAGGCUGGAGCAAGAGAAUGCCAAGUUCGCAGCAGAUCCCAAGGCUUCUGCGAGUAAGCCUCUACGUCGCAAAACGCGAGCGUAUAGUCGACCACCAAGCAUGGCCCAGCUUAAGAGGCUCGUGGCCACCAGCGAGAUGCCUUCGAUCCGCUACAGCCUAGCCUCAGAUACCCGUUUUCCGCCUUCGCCGAACGAGACACCGCCCAUGACCGAGCUCGAGUUUUGGGUUGCACUUGUUCAGGACUACUCCAGCACAGCAUUGCGUCUGCCUACCCUGACGACCACCAAGAUAAGAUCCGGAGUGCCGCCUCCGCUGAGAGGCGUGGUUUGGACAUCCAUGUCAGGCGCGCGGGACAGAGAUCUAGAAGACUCAUACGAGAGGCUCAUCCACGAGAAGAGUUCGUAUGAGGGCAUCAUCAACAAGGACGUUGGCCGCAGCUUCCCUGGCGUGGAGCUAUUCCGAGAUGCAGACGGCGACGGCCAGAAGAUGCUGGGGAGAGUGCUGAAGUGUUUCUCGCUGCACGACAAAGACAUUGGCUACUGUCAAGGACUGGGCUUCUUGGUUGGACCGCUCCUUAUGAACAUGGGUGAGCGGGAUGCCUUCUGUGUGCUUGUUCGAUUGAUGGACCACUUCUCGUUGCGAGCCUCAUUCCUGCCGUCACUUUCUGGUCUCCAUAUGCGAAUCUACCAAUUCUCAGCACUUCUCAAGCAGCAUCACCCGAAACUGCAGGAACAUCUCGCGAAACACGGUAUCGAACCAGCAUAUCUCUCACAAUGGUUCUUAUCGUGCUUUGCAGUCACCUGUCCUCUGAAUCUGCUGUUCCGCAUUUACGACGUGAUCUUCGCUGAGGGUGCCAAUGAGACGGUUAUGCGAGUCGCGCUUGCCUUGAUGAGGCGGCACGAGGAGAGAAUGCUGGCAACGGAUGAGUUCGAAGAAGUUAUGAGCCUACUUCUUGGUCGCGAGAUGUGGAACUGCUAUGCUGGCGAUGCAGACGAGCUAGUUGACGACUUCACAUCGCUGGGCGACAUCGUUACCUUCGCCAGACUAGCUGAACUGGAAAAGGAGUUCGAGAAACAGUCUUCAGAGGCGGUGGGACAAAGCGCGGGCUUUCUGCCCACCGUACAGGCUGCGGCUUCUGGUUUCCUUGGACGAAUAUGGGCGCCUGGUCACGCUGCAACACCGAGCAAGACGGUCACGAACCACGCGCACAACGCAAGCACAACGACACUGUCGCCCGAGACGGCUGAUAAGACGCGCGGCGGCUUCUUUGGUAGACCGUCAACUUUCCUCAGGCGUAGUCCCAGCAGAACCGAACUUCACGAUGCCCACGACAGCUCGAGCAGCGGUGAUAGUGGAUCUACAAACGGGUCAAGUGCAGUGAGCCUGACGUCGACUAUUAUGACAGAUCCUGACACUCCCCUCGCUCAUGGUCAAGGAAUGCGUGAGAGUAUAGCCGACAGCAUCAGCACAAAGUCGAAAGCAGACUCGAUGUACCCUCAAUCCACAAGUCUCCUCAUCUCGCAACAACGAGACCUGCAAGCUCAAAUCGAGGACUUGCUCACAGCUAUGGGCGAAAUGCAACGGGAACAAGCACAGCUCGCCGUAAUGUUACAAAAGGAACGCGAAGAGAGAAGUGAAGAUCACAAAAUCAUGAGGCAAAUGGUCGCCAAGCUGCGCAAAGACAAAACCGACCGCAGGAAGACAAUGCCGCCCCCACCCCGAAAUCAGUCGCCACUCGAGGUGCCACUGCCCACAAGCCGACCUCUGAGUGUGGGCGACUUCACUCAGCUCAACAUUGACGGCACAGAUAAAGAGCCCCCGGAAAGGGACGAAAUGGAAGAGCUCGUUGAGAAAGCGCAGGAACGAUUGCAGACAAGUGUCCGGUUCUCAAUGAGCCUGGAAACGAAAGCAAACUUGCGAAGCACUCUGGCGCGGGCACGAGAAGAGCUAGCUGUGGCUGAAGCACAAUCACGAGAUCUAGCCAUCCGACUGGAGGCGUCACAAUCCGCCGUCAUCGCGUUUCAGGAGGAAGGGGACGACCUGCGCUCGGAAGUCAAAGAACUGAGACAGAGAGUAGCUGAUGAAUUCAAGGCGCGACAAAGGCUAGAACAUAAAAUUGGCGAGCUCAAUGCCCAGACCCGGAGCAUCGAGCGCAAGGAGCGUCAAUACAGGUCAGAGAGCUUGCAGCAAGUACCGACAUUGAGCAAGAGCGGUGAUGCUUCGAAUCCGCAGGGCAGGAAGGGCAGCACUUCUAGUAUGCCUGGUGGCCUACGAGAAUUGAGGCUUGGUCGUCGCGACUCAAGCUCGUCUGUGCAUAACACGAGGUCUCAAUCUUUGCGGAACACAUCUCCACCUGCGACCGAUGUGCCGCUGCCUACGUUACGAACAGAGCCUGCGUCGGCAGAUGGCACUCCUGCUACAUCGCCUUCACAGUCAGACAUAGCAUCGCCAUCAUCUGUCCCACCCGCCGGCGAGCAGCUCGCUGCGCCUGUCGGACGACGAGGAUUCUCGAAGCGUACAUCGUCGCUCGCCACACAGGACGUUUUCGCCACAACACAACACGAAGUGGUCCCUGAAGAGGCUCUGUUACUUGAACUUGUCAAUGCAAAAACAGCAGAAGCACAAGCGCUGCAAGAACUCGACGAGGUCAAGAAAGCGUUGUCCGUCUCGAAGCGCAGACAAGAAGAGACCAUGACUCGCAUGCGAGCCGAGAUUGAGGCUGCGAAGACUGAAGCCAAGCUCGCAGUUGAGAAAGUGGAGGCUGCGAAGGUGCCUUCAGAGCCAGCCAUCGCAAGUCCAAUGUUCUCACAGCCUUCAACGCCAUUCGCGGAAGGUUCGAAUCCAUUGGCGCCUGCUGGAAAGGUGUCGUCCGGCACAGGGACUCCUGCAGAUGACAGACCAGAGUCCGAGCUCAAUGUGGCCAAGAAGGGCGAAGAUAAGUCUGCAGUCGCACCUGUAGGGUGGUUCUGGCAACGACGAACAGCAUCGAAAAGCACCAAUGUCAGUCCUGCGGAGGACUAAGAUAGAUUGUACAACCACGCGAGGGAUUUCACUUUCAGCUUCAAUGGGUGAUGAUAUGUUAAUGUCUGAUGUUGAAUCUCUCGGGACGGAUCUUUGGGAGCAUCGGGGAAGAGAAUGUUACAUGUAUUAUGUCCUCGAGGACGAUUGUGCGCAUAGCAAGCCGCUUGCUGAACCAAGUACAGCUCCGGUGGUAUAGUGUGCAGUUACGAAUAAGAGAUGUACGUACCCCAUGUAUGUUUCGGAGCUACUCGG